AUGGCCGACGCAUCAGGUAAUGCGCUGAAGCGUCCUCACCCUGAGGAUCAACACGACAACUCCCAGAAAAGGACCCGCUCCAACCAUGGGUCCCCAGCACCAGGUCAAGGAGGUGCUGCCUCCGGCAAGCCAGAUAUUGCGAAAAUAAUGGCAGAAGCAAAGGCCAAGGCAGAAGCUGUGCGCGCUCGUCUACAAGCGCGCGGCGCCCUGACAGCGACCCCAACACCGCCAGCACCACCCACACCGGUUUCUACAAGUCCUCCUCCGCCUGCACCCACCCCCGCGAUGUCGAAACUAGAACAAAUGAAAGCUCGAGUUGCUGCAGCUACUCAACGAGCCAGCACACCCUCUCAGCCGCGACCCAGUGCACCCGCGCCAUCCUACCAACUACCACCCCGUGAUGACGAGGGCAUGUCCAAGGCUCGUGGUGGUCUUGAUGUUGGCCUUCAUCCCGCGCUUCUCUCUGAUGCUGCAAUGGAAUAUCGUGGUGCAAAUGGACGACAAUCUAAGGCGAAACGUGCUGGUGGGCCCCAGCUUGAUCUGUCUGGUCCGUCUAUCGAGGAAAUCAAGAACAACCCUUACUUUGACCCGUCUAUCAACCCCAAAGCAACGAUUGCGAAGCCCCGACAAACCCGAGAGCUUCACUUCAAUGAAAAGGGCAAAUAUAUCCAACAGGCAGCGGCUCUGCGCACACAGGCAAAGAUGGAAGCUAUGAAGAAAAGAAUUGAACAGCACUCGCGACAGGCCGGACUUGACGAGGAUAUGGAUGUGCAGAAGGCAUUCCUUGUUCCUGCUCCACCCGAUCUAGAGUGGUGGGAUGCACAAUUGAUUAAUGGCAACGACUAUGACGCGAUUGAUGACCCGCAAAACAUCAAACUUAAUACCAUCAACAGCUAUGUCCAGCAUCCUAUCGAGCUCCAACCUCCGCAAGAAAAGCACAUGCCUGCACAAAAACCUAUGUUCCUUACUCCGAAAGAACAAGCCAAGAUUCGUCGACAGCGACGCAUGGCAGAUCUGAAGGAACAGCAAGCCAAGAUCAGACUGGGACUCGAAGAGGCACCGGCUCCAAAGGUCAAGAAAUCCAACCUCAUGCGGGUUUUGGGAGAACAAGCUGUGAAGGAUCCCACGGCUGUGGAAGCUCGUGUGACCAGGGAGAUCGCAGAUCGAAAGGAGGCACACGAGAUAGCGAACGAAGACCGCAAACUGACCAAGGAGCAACGGCGCGAGAAAUUGGCAGCUCAGCAGGAGAAGGACGCCUCUUUGGGCAUCUUCCAAUCUGUGUAUCGAAUUGAAAGUUUGGCGAGCGGCCGGAACCGCUUCAAGAUCGGCAAAAACGCACAGCAAAAUAAUCUGACAGGCGUAUGUGUCAUGCAUCCUCGGUUCAAUCUGGUGAUUGUCGAGGGCGGCCGUCACUCUAUCAACAACUACCGAAAGUUGAUGUUGAACCGCAUUGAUUGGACUGAAAACCCUGGGUCCGAUCGAGUGCCUGCAGACAGCCCUGAAGCUAAGGUUUCCUGGUUAUCCACUGAGGAUGAAAAGGGAGAGCCCCGGGAUUUCAGCGCGAACACAUGUAAUCUCCUUUGGGAAGGUCAGACUCAAGGCCGGGCCUUCAAGAGAUGGCUUGGUGCUCGUAUCUGUGAAACAGACUCUGCUGCCAAGGAAGCCCUGUCCCGAGCCAAGAUGGAGAACUUCUGGACAUUGGCGAAGAGUGCUAAGCCAGCUGAAUAA